GUACCGUUUAAUAAAACUCUCUUCGUCUUAGUUGAUAUUUACUGUGUUAUCGCUCGUCAUGAGAGGACACGUUGUCUCAUAGGAAACCGAGUUUAGCCUGUACGCUUAACUUUACCCGCUCGGUGUAACGGUUCCGGCGGACGCUGGCGUAACUGAUCGUGUCCCCUCGUGGAAACUGGUGGCCGCCGCUGGAGCGCAGUAAUGACUGCCGCUAACUCGGGGCCAGACUCGGGCGGAAGGGCGGAUGCUGCUAGCUGCCGUUAGCUUGACACAGAGGGCGGACACAGUGGAAUCGGUGGGGAAGCUGUAGAUCAUCUCCAGGCGCUUCUCGGGUGAUUUCCCUCGAAUGUGCACGUUGUCUAACGGUGCCACCUCUGGGAUGAAUCCUCCAAGCCUCGGCGCCUCCGUGGAUCUAAAUUAACGGGGAAUAUGAGCAAAAGGAGACGAUAGGCAGCGGCGGCUUCCUGUGGGAUUUUUUUUUUUUUUUGUUGUUUUUUUGCCCGGUCUAUGGAGCGGAGCUGAGAGCAGCUAGCUGGCCGACCGUCCGGCUAGCGGAACACUCCACGGCGCUUGGAUGCUGGUUUGGGCCGAAGAGCUGACUGAUUUCGGAUCGGCGCUACCUGCCCUCUGCGGGUGUGCGGGGGCAGCAUGGGGGAGCCCGGCCUGGACGACUCCAACGUGAAGGUGGCCGUUCGCGUGCGGCCGAUGAACAGGCGAGAAAAGGAACUAAACACUAAAUGUGUUGUGGAGAUGGUGAAGAACCAGACGAUCCUCAAUCCUGCAGGCGGAAACCUGGGCAAAGGAGACUCCAGGAAUCAGUCCAAGGUAUUUGCCUAUGAUUACUGUUUCUGGUCUAUGGAUGAAACAGACAAGGAGAAAUUCGCAGGUCAAGAGGUUGUGUUCCAGUGCCUUGGGGAAAGUCUUCUCCACAACGCCUUCCAGGGCUACAAUGCCUGUAUUUUUGCCUAUGGACAAACUGGUUCAGGAAAGUCGUACACAAUGAUGGGUUCAGGCGACCAGCCAGGUCUAAUCCCACGCCUGUGCAGUGCUUUGUUUGAACGAACCCAGAAGGAACAGCGGGAGGAGGAGAGCUUUACUGUUGAGGUGUCUUACAUGGAGAUCUACAACGAGAAGGUCCGGGAUCUACUUGACCCUAAAGGGGGCAGACAAACUCUGAGAGUGAGGGAACACAAAGUCUUAGGUCCCUACGUCGAUGGAUUGUCUCGGCUAGCUGUUGCCAGCUACAAGGACAUUGAGUCUCUGAUGUCAGAGGGGAAUAAGUCUCGAACUGUUGCUGCUACGAACAUGAAUGAGGAGAGCAGUCGAUCCCACGCCGUCUUUAACAUCAUCCUCACGCACACUCUCAAAGACUUGAAGUCUGGGACAAGUGGGGAGAAGGUGAGUCGCUUGAGUCUGGUAGACCUGGCAGGAAGCGAGCGAGCCGCAAAGACUGGAGCAGCUGGAGAACGACUAAAGGAGGGAAGCAAUAUCAACAAGUCUCUCACCACCUUGGGUCUGGUGAUCUCUGCUUUGGCUGAACAAGGAACUGCCAAGAACAAGAACAAGUUUGUUCCUUACAGGGAUUCUGUUCUGACAUGGCUGCUGAAGGAUUGUCUGGGCGGCAACAGUCGCACAGCAAUGGUUGCAACAGUGAGCCCAGCUGCAGACAACUACGAGGAGACGCUGUCCACCCUGCGAUAUGCCGACAGAGCGAAGAACAUUGUCAACCACGCUGUUGUUAAUGAAGACCCCAAUGCUCGCAUCAUCAGGGAGCUUAGAGAAGAGGUGGAGAAACUGAGAGUCCAGCUGACACAGGCAGAGUCUUUGAAGGCACCGGAGCUGAAGGAUCGCCUGGAAGAGUCUGAGAAGUUGAUUCAGGAGAUGACCAUCACUUGGGAGGAGAAGCUGCGCAAAACUGAGGAGAUUGCACAGGAGCGUCAGAAGCAGUUGGAGAGUCUGGGUAUUUCUCUCCAGUCGUCAGGGAUCAAAGUUGGAGACGAUAAGAGUUUUCUGGUGAACCUUAACGCUGAUCCUGCUCUUAAUGAGCUGCUGGUGUAUUACCUGAAGGAGCACACAAAGGUGGGCUCAGCAGAUUCUCAAGACAUCCAGCUGUGCGGCAUGGGCAUCCAGGCAGAGCACGGUGUCAUCGACAUCACAGCAGACUCUGCCGUCAUCCUCACCCCCUACCGCAAUGCUCGGACAUGUGUAAAUGGUUCUCCAGUAACCAGUGCUCUGCAGCUUCACCAUGGUGACCGUAUCCUCUGGGGAAACAACCACUUUUUUAGAAUCAACUUGCCUAAGCGGCGUUCACGUGGAGCGGAUGAUGAGGAUGGUGAAGGUGGUGUGAUGAAGAACAGUGGCAGCAGUGAGCAGCUGGACGCCGACGGUGACACCGCCAGCGAAGUGUCCAGUGAAGUGAGCUUCUCCUACGAAUUUGCCCAGACGGAGGUUAUGAUGAAGGCUCUGGGGAACAACGACCCCAUGCAAGCAGUUCUCCAGUCUUUGGAGAGGCAGCAUGAGGAGGAGAAGCGCUCCGCCUUGGAGCGACAGAGGCAGAUGUACGAGCAGGAGCUCCAGCAGCUCCGCAAGAAGCUGAACCCGGACCGCCUGUCGAUAGGCAACUCGGGAGCACCAGUGUCAGCUCAGCAAGGUCCAGGACAGCAGUCUCACUACCGCAGCCUGGAAAGACUCAGUAUGGGAGGGAUGAGCCAUUCAAGCAGUGCUCAGAGCAGACUGAGGCAGUGGAGUGAGGACAGGGAGGCAGUGUUGGUCAGGAGUUUGCGGCGGUUACGGGAGCAAAUAGUGAAGGCGAACCUCCUGGUGCAGGAAGCUUGUUUUAUUGCCGAAGACCUGGAGAGACACACGGAGUACAGAGUCACUCUGCAGAUCCCGUCGGACAACCUCAACGCAAACCGAAAGAGGGACGCUAUCCUCAGUGAACCGGCCAUUCAGGUGCGCAGACGGUGUCGAGGGAAACAGAUCUGGAGUUUGGAGAAGAUGGAGAAUCGCCUGGUGGACAUGAGAGAACUGUACCAGGAGUGGAAGGAUUAUCAGCUCAAUGACCAUGACAACCCAGUGAGCCAUGUUUCUCACCAGUCUUGCGUGAUGCGUUCAUACUUCCGCCGAGCUGACCCGUUCUUUGAUGAGCAGGAAAACCACAGUCUAAUUGGCGUUGCCAAUGUUUUCCUCUCCUGUCUCUUCUACGAUGUCAAGCUGCAGUAUGCUGUCCCUAUCAUUAACCAGAAGGGGGAGGUUGCAGGGCGCCUCCAUGUGGAGGUGGUGAGGGUUGGAGGAGGUUUAGAGGACAAUAUGGCCGGAGGAGAUGAUUCAGAUAUCAACCAAGACACUGAAUUCCAGGAUCGCAAACUUGUCUGCAUGAUCAAGAUCCUGCAGGCCACAGGUCUGCCCCAGUACCUGUCAAACUUUGUCUUCUGUCAGUAUUCAUUCUGGGACCAGCCCGAGCCCAUCAUUGUGGCCCCUGAGGUCGACCCAUCCUCCUCUUCACCCAGCACCAAGGACCCCCACUGCAUGGUGGUGUUUGACAGCUGCAAGGAGCUAGCGGUGUCAGUGAGUGAGGAUUUUAUCGAGUAUCUCACAGAGGGGGCAGUUGCCAUCGAGGUUUAUGGACAUCGGCAGGCAGACGCAGGCAGGAACCCCGCCCUGUGGGACCUCAGCAUCAUCCAAGCCAAGACACGCAGCCUACGAGACAGGUGGAGUGAGGUGACGCGUCGCCUAGAGCUGUGGAUCCAGAUACUUGAGAUAAAUGAGAACGGAGACUUUGUCCCGGUGGAAGUGGUUCCCGCUAGAGACGUACGGACGGGUGGAAUCUUUCAGCUUCGACAGGGUCAGUCGAGGCGAAUCCAGGUGGAUGUGCGUUCGGUUCAAGACUCGGGGACCAUGCCUCUGAUAUCUGAGAUUGUUCUCGCAGUGUCAGUGGGCUGUGUGGAGAUUAAAAACACCACAGCAAACCAGGAGGGGGAUGAGAUGGACAGUUAUCAGGAAAGAGAUCUGGAGCGCUUGCGGCGGCAGUGGCUGACUGCGCUCACUAAGCGACAGGAAUAUCUUGACCAGCACCUGCAGAGCCUUGUCAGCAAAGCAGAAAAGACAGAAGAUGACAUGGAACGAGAGGCCCAGCUGUUGGAGUGGCGCCUGACUCUGACGGAGGAGAGGAACGCUGUGAUGGUGCCCUCUGCUGGCAGCGGCAUUCCUGGAGCACCAGCUGAAUGGGUUCCUCUGCCUGGAAUGGAGACCCAUAUUCCUGUGCUCUUCCUGAACCUCAAAGCUGAUGACCUCAGCUCUCAAGAUCAGUUUGAGGUUCCCGAGGCUGGAGGUUGGGACGCCACCCUGAGUGGCGAGGAUGAGGACGAUUUCUUUGACCUACAGAUUGUCAGACACUAUGACGGGGAGGUGAAAGCAGAGGCAUCGUGGGACUCCACCGUCCACGAGUGUCCCCAGCUCAGUCGCGGGGGCGCGUGGCCCGAGCAGCGGGUGUACCUGACCGUUCGAGCGGUAGUGCAGCUCAGUCACCCUGCUGACAUGCAGCUGGUCCUGAGGAAGAGGAUCUGCGUCAACGUUAACCCAGGUCGCCAGGGGUUCGCUCACAACUUUCUCAGGCGGAUGUCCACCCGCAGCACCAUUCCUGGCUGCGGGGUCACCUUCGAGGUGGUCUCCAACAUCCCUGGGGAUGCCCCUGGAUCAGAAGACCGAGAGAUGCUGGCCCGGCUCGCUGCCAGUGCACACAACAGCCAGUCAGCUGACGAUGAAGCUGCCAUUGAGAAAUACCUGCGAAGUGUCCUGAGUCUGGAGAACAUCCUGACCCUGGAUAGACUCAGACAGGAGGUGGCGGUGAAGGAACAGCUGGCCAGCCGAGGCAGGAGCAACAGACGGAGCCUCAGUUCUCCUUCUGUUCACAGGCUGACGGGGAGCAGACAAGACCUGUCCACAACCUGCCUGCUGGAAGAUAAGGGUCGAUGGGAGAGCCAACAGGAUAUCUUCAUGCCUUCUCAGUUCCAUCGCACCCUCCCCCGCCCGGCCUCUUCCCCUUCCACCUACUCCACCUCCCCAUCUUCAUUCCCCACUCCCUUCGCCACGACACCCCCACAGAACCAAGAGCCAGAGCAAGGUCGUUCAGGGCUUGCUGCCUCUUAUCUUUCAGUUAAGGCGCUGGUUCCUCAGAUGCCAAAGCUGCUCAAGUCAUUGUUUCCAGCACGAGAUGACAAGAAGGAGCUAAGACCUUCACCACACAACCAGCAGCAUGUUCCCCGUAUUGUGACCUCGCCAGGAUCAGAUGACACCCGAGUCAGGCCUGAGACGACUGCUAUUCUACGCCCCUCAACCAAAGACAGGCAGGCAGAGCUCUCAGAGGUCCCUCCUCUUCCUGUGCAUGACCCGCAUGACACCACCCCCCUCAGCCCCCUCAGCCAGUCGUCAAGCGGCUACUUCUCCACUAGUGUCUCUACAGUUACCCUGUCUGACGUUCUCCAGCCUUCCUCCUCGUCUUCCUCCCUCGUGGCCGCUGACACCACGCUGCUCACGACCCCUCCGCAGCAGCAGGGUGCUGACAGGAACGAUGUUGUGACCUCUCCUUCUCAGUGUGGCGCCAGGAUGACCAUCGUCGUUCCCCCUGCUCCCCACAGUUCAGCAAGUCACAACAACAUCAGUGAACAGAAGCUUCUAAACUCUGGCGGAGGCAGUGAAGGUUUUGAGAGGCUGGAGAUCCUUGUGGAUGAAGAGGAGCAAAACCAAGAUGAAACGCUGCCUGACUGGCUGAUGGAAGGGGCAUGUGUCACAGUGGGAAACAAUAAGCCCGGCACGGUGCGCUACAUAGGAGUCACACAGUUUGCUGAGGGAGUGUGGGUGGGGGUGGAGCUGGACACACCUGUAGGUAAGAACGAUGGUUCGGUUGGAGGACAUCGAUAUUUCCACUGUAAACCAGGUUACGGGGUCCUGGUCCGUCCGGAUCGGCUGUCCCGCAGGGACCGGACUAAUCAGGCGACGGGAGAGUACGCUCCUCCUGCCCAUGUCCCCGUCCUACGAGGCGAAGCCGUGGUUGCCCGUCGGGGGGAGAACCGCAAGUCCUGGAACAGCUGAGACAGGGAAAGUAGGAGCUGGAUGGGAGAGACGAGCUCCCCACAGCCUCCUGCCCGUCUUUUCUUCUCUUCCUAGCUAUGCAAAAGGCCCACGCAUCACAACACGAGUGUCGUUGGAAACGACACCCACUACAAUAUACUACAUACAUUCACAGAAAGUCGGUGGAAUGACAGUAAAGUCUAUUCUAUACGAAUGCAAGUAAGUUGAAGAGGGACUAUGCAGAAUAUGAAGAAGUCCGUGGAAGGACUGUUUAUCAUGUGGGAGAUAGUAGUAGAUAACGUGGCAGUCAGUGGAAAGGCUGCGGACAGGGAAUGAAAGCAGACUCCUGAGCAUCGGAGCUCCCCAGGCGCGUGGCUGGGAUGCUGCAGACUGGAUGACCUGCUCGCUGAACUGGCAUACAGGGAUGCAAACUAAUCACAUUUUAGACAGGAGUCUUUUUUUCUAAUCUGCAAGUUAAUUUCCUAUGACAUAUUCAGUGGAUGUACCGUAAUUGCAGAUGUGACUGUGACAUAUGCGCUCCGCUCUUUGUGUUUCACAAAGUCAGAGACUUGAGUCAGAUUGAGAUUAACCUGUCGUCCUGUCAAACUAACAGCAGGCUUUAGCUGCAACUUCACCCGUGAUGUGUUUGCAUCCCUGGAUACACCGUGGACUCGGUGUCCCAGAAUUCCCUGCUCCAGCUGCCGCUCCUCUGCCUUCUCUUGGUCCAGUCUGCAAACUGACACCUCUCGCUCCUGGACUCUCUUCUCUUGAACAUAGAUUUUCCCAGAAUGUGCCUUCAUCAUGGCUUGAUUUGCUAUUUUUCCCCCCAGUGUAUUUAAUUUUGAGGAUGCCUUGUGAUCUCAGGGACUAUAGGUUGGAAAGGACACGGAGGAGUGUGUGCGUGUACGUGUUUGAGUGUAUUGUAAAUGUUGUACAGUGUUUCCGUGUGUGCACUGAGCUCAUGUUGUAAUUGUGUCGGUGUUGAAGAUGCGCAGAGCAUGUCCUUGUUGGACAAAGCCACUGUAGGAACCGUAGGAAGUACUGGGACGCUUUAAAAGUCGAUUUUGCACUGGAGAUGUUGGAUGAGUAGCUUCUGUAAGUGAACAGCAGGCGGUUGUGGUUGGGAUGCGGCAGGAUAGAGGGGGAUGAUGACUCGGCAGGGUUCUCCUACAGCUACAACAUUAAACUGAUUAGUUGGCAAAAACAUCUAUCAGCAGCUAUAGAACUGAUUACCGUGAUUGAUGCAUCACUAUCAAGAUGGUGUUGUAGAUUCAGCACUGUGGAUUUUGAUCUGCUACUUUUCUGACAUUUUAUAGACACAACAAGCAAAUUUGUCAGACUCUUUGAUAACGUGCUCUGCAGUUGCUGCCAUACCUCAGUAAUGUUGUAAUAACCCAAUGAUGGCUGUUGAUGGCCAUAAGGUGGAAGACGCUCUCCGUCGGAGCGGGGCUUCUCUGUCUGUCGGGACCAACAGCAGGAGGCGAUGUGUGGUUCAUUGGUGGAAACAGGAAAGUACUAGUGCACUGUAUGUGUCGGGGGAAAGAAAGUGGGACGGACGUUUCACGAUUGACAGAACUGAUUUGCUUCUAUGCAUUUGUUUUGUUUUUAAGUCAUCUAGUUGUAGCUUCUAUUUCUCACACUGCUAUGAGCUGCAAGUGCAUUGAGGGAAAGUAUUAAACACAGACUUACUGAACAUUGGUUGAAGAAAAGACUGAAUCAAUUUUAUGAAGUAGUUUAUUAAACAUUCCAGAUAGUCUCUAUUGUAUUUUUCAAUUAGUUAAAGGGCACUACACCAGUUUCAUACAUGAGGUUGGGUUUACGUGUCAAAAGGUUUGAGAAGUCUGAGAAAAUGACCCUGAUGUCAUUAGGGUCAUUACAUGAAGACUGCAAACGAACAGAACGGUGCAAAGGUCUGAUUUAUCAUGGGAGGUGUGGGUUCAGGACAGAAUGCAUCUGCCUGAUUUUUAUUGUUGAUUUUUAAAAUCUGUCUUUUGCAAGUUUCCAGACUUUGCGAAGCCUCUCACUGGAGUGCUCUUUUAACACGCUAGACUAAGUGGAGCGUGAAGUGCUGGGUUGAGGAUGUCGUCAGUCUCACCAAGUGAGCGACAGGCGUGUGCUGACAGGUUAAUAACAAAUAGUUCAGGACUGAGUGGAGUAGUUCUCCUGUUUACAGCAGCCCAAGCUAAUCCUAUUCUGAAGAUGGCACACACUAUUGAUUUCCACUAAAGCAGGAUGGCUGUCUGAGUUUUGGGGGCAGUGUGUUAUUAUAGAUAUUACUGAUGAUGGUAUGAUAUGAUACAUUGUGUGGAAUACUGUAAGUGCUUGUAAACACAUUGGUAUGUCCAAACACAUCAGUCAUCUUUUUUUCAUUCCUUUAUGUCACUUCUUCUUAAUUUGAGAAGUGGUUUUACUAUUUAUAUUAAAAUGCUUGUACACAUGCCUUUAUCGCAUGAAAACUAAUAAAGCCUUUUUUUAAUUGUAUUAAAUCUUGCACAAAUGGUUUGAUGAGAACUGCUGCUAUUAGCGCUGUAAAUGUACCUGUACAGUAAAUGAUGAUUCGUGUAACGCUCUUUAUCUCGCUGUACUAGAGUUUGGUUUUCGGAUCCCGCGUGGGAUCGGAGGUCGGUGCGUGACCUCGGUGGCCGGAAUAUUUUCACGGAGCAGUAAAGAUUUGAAAACGAGGCACUUUGCCACGUGAGCCUUGGAGGAACAUGUGGGUGAAGAAGACUCACCUGCACAAGACCGAUGAAAAUAAUGUUGAAGUUCAUGUACAAUUUUAAAAGGAAGAGACAUUAAUAGUGUAGUUUAGUUAGUCUUUGUGUAUUUAUUGUUCGUGGAGUUCUCUGGUUGGUUACUGUAGGUGACUGUUGGUGUGGUGUGUUCUCGAUCAGCAAGCAGUGAAGUGGUACAUACUGUAGAAUGGACAGUCGGUAAUGAAGGAUAGUUUUCUCGUGUGUGUGUGGGGAGAUGGUCUUAACAGAGUGAAUGUGUUGUGUACUUGGAUUUGAUUCUUGUGUCCUUCCAAGAUGGGAAUCUACCACCACCUGCCACUUUAAUUAUACCUAGUUUAAGUUGUGAGCGACAGAGCCAUGCUCGCUCGCCCACCCGCUCGCUCGCUCUCUUUCUGUGGCCGGUGGUCUCCUCCCGUCCUGGUCUCUGCUCAGACACUGUUUUAGGGGUUUGAGAUCACUUCUUCUGGCUUCUGGAUGUUCCUUUAUGUCCAUGUGCCUCAGAAAACGCACAUCAUUUUCAUAUCAACGCUUCAAGUCAUUUGCGCACAAAAAAAAAAAAGAAUUAGUCCUCCAGGGGGACUUAAAGAGUUCACGUCUGGAGGAACUCAACUCAACUCAUGAUGUUGGAAACAGCCGCUUUCAGUGCAACACAGAGCAAUAUUCUUUUUUUGUCGCAUCGAGGCGCAGCGCAGCUCCUCUGGCCACAAGCGUUGGUUUCCUUUGUGGACACUUCCUCCUCCAACUUCGCUGGCAGCACCAUGAAAACACGGUGUGACUCUGACGUUGGAAACACACAAUUUUAAUAAGACACUGUAAAAAAAACAAGUAAACGUAGUAAUUAGCCUUGUUGGUGAUGGUUUUAACUCAGUGGACUUAACAUUUCAGUGGCAUCUGUGCCACAGCCAGCAGCAGGUAUUAACGAGGCUAAUGAAGUUUUAUCGCUGCGAUUUGUGUCCAAACAUCACAAAGCCGAUCUGUACGAAUCCUUGGUCCUGCAGGACGUUGUCCUCCUCCUCCUGUCUUUUCUUUCUGUGCCAGUGCUUUUCACACUCACCUGUAGCAUUUCCUGCAGCUCUGCGCUAACGUUGCAAUCGCUGCAUAACUCGACAUGUCCGCUACCGAAACGUGGCCUUAAGUUUGGAGCCACACCUGUUUUUAGAGGAAUGGUCCCGUCUUUAACUACGAAUGCUGUCCCUCAGAGGGCUGUGCUAUUGAAUAAGGUCAUUCGAAAACCACAGCAACCUGGUUGGCUGUUCAAAAGGACUAAAAGCAGUUUCCGUUAGUCGAGACAGCAGCAGUUGGGUGUUGUAGAUCUUUGCACCCAGUGGGAAUGUGAUAUUAAGUCUCAGUUAUUCCACACAGUGGAAACUCCAACCCACCACUGCCCUACAGCUUUUUUCUACCCGGGAUCUGACUGUGUAUUUUCUAAGCAGUCUUUGGGUUCAUGCUUGACACAGACUUCCUGCCUUGUCCGUUUCAACCCUGUGAAUCCUGUCCCCGGCCUCAGUCGUCCAGAUCGCUCUGCCAACUCUUCCCCCGGGGCCUUGUAGCGGCUGAGCUGUACCUGCUUCACUACUGAACUGGGUGCAUCCAGUUACUUAUUUAUUCUCAAACGUUUUGAAUAAACCACACAAAACGAGCAAUAUGCGGUCGCGGGACAAUGCGACGCAGCCUUCUUGCAGGUGCACAGCCUGUAGUAGGUUUUUUUUUUUUUUUUGGCAAUAACGGCUGCUUCUGCUUUCCAGGAAGCACGAGAAACAGCUGUUGUUCCCUCAGGUACCAGCAGCCACAUUUAAGAGAAGUGUUUAAUGAUAGAACGCUAACAGGAGCGCUUGAGGAACCGAGUCUGGUGCUCGAUAAGUCAGGGAGUUUCAUUAGAACCAUGUUAGUAGUGCAAGCAGCCCCACCAGUCCUAACACGUUCACCUGAAGACACAUAAUGGGACUGACUGCAGCCUGGUCAGCAGUAUUAUUAGUAUUAUUAUAUCUUGACUGAAUAAUCAUUAUCAAUCACUGCUACUGUGGAGUCUGUGGAGCAGGUUUGUCUUGAUGUGUCAUUUGUAUGUAUGUGUAUAUAUGUGCAUAUUAAGACUUAUAAAGAAAGAUCUGAGCACAAGUUUGGGUUUUGAUUAAUUUAAUUGUUUUAUGUAAUUCUAAGCUGCAAUCCAAAGAAUAAACAUGUAUUAUAUUACA